GAUUGUAUAUAGUAACACAGAUGAUCGUCCCCAGUCAGUAGGUUACUCGAGUAGAGUCGAAUACAUCACUGAUAAAACAGAAAACCCCAGAAACUCUUGGAUAAAAUGUGAUUUAAGAAUCAAUGAUCUACAGAAGACAGACAGUGGAAAUUACAGCUUUAGAGUCAUUGGCUCAGACAAAUACAAAUACAUAAGCACACCUAUGAGUCUCACAGUUACAGACAAUCCUUGUAAGGUGAACAUUGAUUCAUCAGAGAUUAAGUAUUCAGUCAAAGAGUCAGAUGAAUUUACUGUUCGCUGUUCAACCUCUGUUUCCUGCUCAUCUCAUCCUGAGUGGAUUCUCCAUAAACCAGGACAAGAACCAGAAAGAGUGACGUCAUCAAAUAAUAGAUUCACACAGAAUAAAGAGGAAAAAGAAGGCAAAAAGAUCACCAGACUGAAAUUCAAUCCAACAUGGGAAGAUGACAACAUGAUCUUGUCUUGUCGUCCAGAAGAAAGUCAGGACAGCUGCCUCACUAGAAAUAUCACUCUGUCUGUUGAAUAUGCACCAAAGGAAGUAAAAGCAACAGUGAGCUCUUAUAAUGUGAAGGAAGGAGAUUCUGUUACUCUCUCCUGCACCUCUAGAGGUCGCCCUAAUGCCACCAUCUCAUGGUUCAAACAAUCGAGGGAAAUAUCACAAUUGGCUGAGUGGAAACUAAUUAAUGUUAAACAAGGAGACAGUGGACAAUAUCACUGCAAAGCUGAAAACAAGCAUGGAAAAGCAGAAUCAAAUAAAAUUUAUAUCAAUGUUAAGUGUAAGUCUGGUUUUAACUGA